UGAAACACCUUAAUAAAACAAAGGAAUUUAAUGUAAUCACCUUUUUAUUUAUUUUUUAUCAUAUUUAUGAAAUAUAUUUAACAUUUUGAUUUAGGAAUGUAUUGAAAUGUCCGUGUAUUGCUGAACAUCACCUUAAACAAAUGUAUACAUUUUUAACAGCAGGGGGAGACAAAAGCCGUCCCAAAGUGUGCAUGUUGCCUAGCAACGACUGUUGAAACCGUAUGUUUGAAUCACUUCAAAUUGAAGUCAGCCAGCCCAGAGCAGAUUUAUUUAGCUAAAAGUUGGUUUAACAUCGCAGCCAACAGUUGGCCCUCAACUUUAACAUGACAUUUAAGAGUAUGGCGCAUGUGGACGAGGCGCACUGUUUCCGCUCAGAGUGCGCGCACCCCUGCUGCUGGGAGCGCGAGCGGCGCGUCCGGAGAGGCCCAGUGCGACGCGUGGUGGCGCCGCUCUCUCACAGGGAAAUAAAGGAAUGUUUGGAAGAGGACAGUGUGGCGACCCUGAGUGUGGUCGAUGUGUCCGAGUGGGCCGGUGAACCGGUGGUCCCCGAGGUCUCCAUCACCAUGGUUACAGAGGUGGCUGGCCUCCAGAAGGAAGGAGGGGUGGAUUCAAAAAGUGAGAGACCCGUUCGGACCCAUGUUCCUGUCUCCGGCCCCCUCAGUCCUCUUCAGGGGAGUACUGGUUCAAGGCGGCUCAAGCUGGGCACAGCUCAGAUCAGCCUGGUUCCUAGCCUGCCUUCUGGUCCGACCCUUACCUGGAUGCCUAGCCGCACCUAUGUCCCUCAGAACCUACACAGAGAAAAACCUCCCAGAGUUUCCAUCAAGGAGCUGACGUGGUUUCCUCCCGCCGAGCUGAACCCAUCUAUAAAGAAGGAAAGCAAACAGGAGGAGAAGAGGAAGAAGAAGACAGUGAGCCUCCAUGAACGCCCGGAAGAACUCCUGGUCCUCACCGGAUCAGAUCCAGACGUUGACCCGGGCCGCCCCAGACCAGGGGACAACCCUUCCUCCUCCUCCUCCUCCACCUCCUCCUCCUCCUCCUCCUCCCUCCGUGGACACCACUUCCUUCCCCUUCCCCCCGACAGUCGAACGGUGGUCUCCGAGCCCCCUCUUCUACAUCUCAGACAUAAUAAACAACCACCCAGAAGGACGAGGUAUCAGAGCUUCCAGUUGAAUAAGAUAUGAAGGGUCGUGCUGUCAUGAGCAUCAGACUCGCACCAUUUUAACUUGGGAGACAUACAUGCAAGUUAAUAAUAGAGCCCUUCAAACACAAAGACAGGAAUCACAUUUUAAAGCAAUUUAAAGGACAAUCAAUAAAGAUAAUAAAAGACAAUCAUUCAAGCAAAAGGUUUAAAAUAAAUUGUUAUAAAAAGCUAUAAAACCUU